AUGGCCCUGGCAGGGGGUGUCGCCCUCCCUGGCACCGGGGGGGCACCGGGGCCUCGGCGCUUGCUGCAGUCGCCCCCCGAGGAGGACGGGGUGCUGUACGUGGACUACAGGCCCCCUGCCCUGGACAGCAUCCACCUGCCCCGCUAUGUGCUCUACCUGAUGAUGGCCGCCACGCUGGUGCUGGUGGUGGCAUAUGCCAUCGUGGGGCACCUCAUCAAGGACCUGGUGCACGACUUUGCCGACUGGGCAUUUGGACCCAAGCCAGAGGAGAAGGCAGAGAUGGCCGAAGGCCCCGUGCUGGAGGCAGAGUGGCUGGAGGAGGAUGAGGUGCUGGUGGAGCAGAAGGUGGAGGAUGAAGGCAGCGGAAUCCUGCCCGGCACGGACGUCCCGCUGCAGCUGCUCGCUCCCCGCAGCUCCGUCUCCUUUGCUGACCCCCCCAAGAAGAGAUUCUUCUAG